UAUUGUUACUGCUGUUAAGAAGUUUGGCAGUCAAGGAGGGAGAAGUCUGAGCAGAGUUAUCCUGAUUGAUAACAGAGCAGAGGUCGUUAGGGCAAUGCAGGAAGCGUGUGACCGGCUUCUCCAAGAGAUAAGUACUGGAAACAGUCCACCAAGAGGUCUGGGCUUCCAGAUGGACGAUUCUGCCCAAGACACAGCAGGAGGAGCCACUGCUGGAGCUCCCGGAGGUGGUGUAAAUGUAGAGAUCAUUCAGGGAACCAUCGAGACCCAGCAGGUGGAUGCCCUGGUAUCGCCCAUGGUUGGCCAUGAGCAUCUUUCUACCCGUGUCGGAAACACUUUGUUUAAAAUGGUUGGAUCCCAUCUGACCGCAAAGUUUAAAAAGGAAGCAGGAGAAAAAGAAACAAUGCCUGGUGACCCCGUCCUGGUGGAGGGUUUGCCUGAACUCCCAUCUAAUGCAGUGUUCUUCCUCAACCUCAUUCCCUGGGACGAUGACCAUGAUGGAAGUGCAGUCCAGGUUCUGAGAUUGGGCAUCAACAACAUCCUAACUUCCUGUGAGAAAAGAGGGUUUGGAUCCGUUGCCUUUCCUGUCCUUGGAACUGGGAUUGCCCUAGGUUUUCCUGACAGUGUGGUAGCCAGGGUUCUACUGGAAGAAGUUCAUGCGUUUGGACAGAACCAAGCAAGCGGAACGCCAUUACGGGUCCGCAUCGUCAUCCACCCCAACGACGUGGAGUCUUGUGAGGCUUUCAAGUCUGUGCAGGAAGCUCUUCAACUCAAAGGAUGUACAAAAAAUGUUCACCAAACAGACCAAGUGUCAACUGCAAGGAGGAUUGUCCUGCUCGGGAAAACUGGUUCUGGGAAAAGUAACCUAGCCAACACCAUAUUUGGAGAGGAAUUGUUCAAAACAAACCAUACUCCCAACUCUGGAACAAGUGAAUGUCAAAGUGAAACUAGAUGUGUCAACGGAAAAAGCAUCACUUUGAUCGACACUCCUGGUUUCUUCGAUGCAAACAGGUCUGAGGAGGAGAUGAAGCCUAAGAUAGUGAGGUGUAUCACAGAGUGUGCUCCUGGGCCUCAUGCUUUUCUCAUUGUGCUUAAAGUGGACAAAUUCACAGAGCACGAGAAGGCUGUCAUCAAUAAAAUAUGCCAGUAUUUCACGGAAGAUGCUUUAAAAUAUGCUGUAAUUGUCUUCACUCAUGGUGAACAGCUCCCUAAAGGGAUGAAAAUUGAGGAGUUUGUCAGUCAGAAUGAGAAUCUGAGUGAUCUGGUGAAGAAGUGCGGAGGCCGGUGCAAUGUCCUGGAUAAUAAAUACUGGAAGAACAAACAGCUGAAUAGCUACAGGAGCAACCAAGUCCGGGUGGAUGAGCUGCUUAACACCAUAGACAAGAUGGUGAUGGAAAACAAUGGAGGCUACACCAAUAUGGUGUUUCAAGAAGUGGAGAAAGAAAUACAGAGAGAGGAAAACAUCAUAAAACAGUCAUCAAGAAACUUGCCACCGGAAGAGAUCAGAAAUAUGGCAAAAACCAAAGUGGCUGAGAAGUUUUUGAUCCAACUGGCAGGUACUGGCACAGGAGCAUUGCUGGGAGCUUUUUUUGGCGUGGGAAAUAUGGUUAAAUUAGUUAUCAUGGCCCUGCGAAACUGUCAAUCGUUAAAGCAACUUGUGAAUCAAGUUCCACUGUUAAAAGGGGUGGCAGCAGCAGCAGGAGGCGCAGAGGUAGCAGGACUGGUAGCUGCUGGAGUGAUAGUGGGAGGCGUUGCUGUAGGAGGAGGAGCAAUGGGUGGUGUUAUUGGAUAUCAGGCAGCUGAGGAAGCAAAAUCACCAAUGGAGGCAGCAGAGAUGGCAGCCAAAGCCGUCAUAAACCAAGCAAACGCUGCUUUUAAGCUUUAAACUUCUUUGCCACUUGGAAUCAGCGGAACCGGAAAACAUUAAAAACAGCAUUAACACAUCUACUAGAUGCUGAGCAACAUAAGCAAUCAUAUGCAGUCGUGUUUAUGGCCAGCUGGCUAAUAGGAGUCCAACAUUCACUCUCCUUUUAUUUGCGUUUUUUUUUUUCCACCAACUCGGGAGGGAAAUUUCAGGCACUUGGCUAAAUUUUCCACUUUGUUCACCAGUAAAUCACUACUUCUGUUUGUUUGGUGCUGGGUUGGUAGCAUACAGUGGGGUUUAUUUAAGCUUAUUUCAUGAAAAC